AAUAAUUGUUAGAAAGAAAUGUUAUUUCUUGGCCAACUUUUGUUUUUUGUAGUUGAAGUUCCCAUCAUUGCUUUAGUUGUAUUAUGUUUAUUAUUUUAUUAUAGUGCUAAAAGAGGUGCUACUUCUUGGUAUGUCUAUUUAUUGGUUGGUAUAGCUUGGUUUAUUUGUCUGGUGGUUAUUUUCUUGGUUCCUUUGGAUUUAGCAGAAACCCUUGUCGACCGUUGUCAAGUCUUAGUAUCUUAUUCCGAAUAUACUGGUUAUCAAAAAGGAGAUUGUCCUAUUCACGAAACUCGUCCAGGCUUUGUAUUUAUUCUAUGGUUGGUUAUUUAUUGGAUAUCGUUUGCUUUGACGUGGCUAUUUUUGCCCAUAUUUUCACAAUACGCCGUUGCUGGUGACUAUUCCAUAGGCAAGCGCCUACAAACGGCUUUAUGGUCCAAUGCUUUGUUUUAUGCUAUUUGUGGAGUGUUUAUUAUAGGUUUUGGAAUAUAUAUGGGAAUUCGAUAUCAUCUUUCUGCCUAUUCAUUGAUGGGUUUAUUGAUUGGAUUAUCCAAUGCAUUCGGAUUAUUGGGUGUUAUAUGUAUGCUUGGAUAUGGGAUUGUACAAAUUCCUAGAGCUUUAUGGCAUCGUGGAGACUUGAGUAGAAGAUUAAGAUAUUGUGAAUUCAAAGUAACCGAAUAUACCGAUCGUAUGGAUGAAGCGAGAGCAGAUUUGGCUCAGAUAUUGGGACAAAUUGAAAGAGUGCAACAGAAACUUGCUCAUUUAUUAUCAGCCACGGAUAAUGAAGGGACGAAUGUAGAGGAAGCAGGAAUAUCCCAAUCCUCUUUUCCCAAAAGGCAUCGUUUGAUCAACUUUAUUCAAGUCAUUAUAAGUGAAAUACCGAAAGAAGAUUUACGAGUUGCUUUACCUGUUCCCGAUAGAACAGCAGAAAUACCCAAAACUAUCACUGAAAAUUUCUUAGCUUUCUUACAUCAAAGACUCAAUCAAAGAGUCAUAGAAUAUCGCAAGUCGAGUUAUUUAUGGGGUCGUACAUGUGAUGAAGCAUUUCAAUUGGAACAAUGGAUGACUUGGAAGAGUUGUAAGAGUUGGAAGAAUGUUUGGAUACCGAAUAGUCAUUCUUGGUAUGCCUUUUAUAUUCCACUGAUUUGUAGACUAUUUGCUUUCAUGUGUAUCGUACUUUCUAUUUUAUUUCUUUGGAGUGAGACGACCAUUUGGAGUUUGAAAACAUCCAGUCAUGUGGAUUUAUCACCCUUAUCUUUGUGGAUUCAUCGUCAAGGAAUGAGCAAUUAUAGUAUUCAAUUGAUAUCGUUAUUUUCGAUUGCUUAUUUGGCAUUGUGUGUUUAUUAUUCAUUAUUUCAUUUCAAUUUGUAUCGUUUUUAUGAACUCAUUCCACAACACACCGAUGCUUAUUCCUUAUUUCUCAAUGCUUUGUUAUGUUGUCGUUUUACUGUUCCGUUGUGUUAUAAUUUUUUAACUUUGUUACAUGAAACUUCAUUUGCUGUACCUUUGUUGUAUCCUCAAAUACCUGCUUCUUUGUUACCCACUACAUCAUUUAGUAAAGUGGAACAAAGUAUGCAAGUGUUGCCUAUUUUAGGAAAUAGUUUCAAUGCAUUCUUUCCGGUGGUUUUGUUAUUAUUCGUAUUGGGAACCAGUUUUCAAUUAUGGACGAGGUUCUUAUCUUCUUUGGGAUUGAAACAAUUUGGAUUUGAACAUGAUGAUGAUAUCCAAUACGAACGUUUAGGUAAAGAAUUAUUGGAACGUGAACGACAACGGAGACAACGACUUGGAUAAAAGUGGUGAGAAAGAUGAUCAUCAUCCAAGAGAUAAACACACACUUGCUCUU